AUGUCCAUUUUAGUGACCCUGUGGCUUACUGGGUGUUCUGCUACCACUCUCUCUGUGGUGGGGAUGAUCAACAGCAUCAACAUGCAAGCCUCUUCACCCACAAUUGACUCCAAGUUUUUGUCCUUCAGUGCAAGAUUUAGAUGGGAUUUCUGUGGUCUGAUCUGUUAUCUGACAUACAAGCAUGCUAAGUAUGAUGACAGCCCCCUCAACUUCACAAUUGUAAGAAGCAAUACUGGAUCCCCCCACCUGCCAUACAAUCAUAUGAGGCAACCUGCCAUCCAUCCAAUUGUCUUUGUUACUGUCAAAUUAUUCUCUGUCCCAUUUUCUCUGGCUAUGGUGACAACAGGCUUGGAUGUUGACUCCAGUGAUGCCUCUGGCAAGCACACUGAUGAAUGUUGUGGCCUUCCUAUGCCUGGAAAACAGGCUCUAGAGAAUCCAGAACCACCUCCUGAAGCAAAGUUAAGAGACAUAAAGUUAGGGCACUGGGUGACCUGGCUAAAUGACCAUUUUCACCUUUGGAAGCAACAGAGGUCUAGUGGACAGCCCUUGUAUGGUGGUGAUAUGGGAGAUCUUUCAAUGGAUGUUGAUGUGGCAGGUGACAGGGAAUGUAUGCAAGUAUCUUUAAAUCUCCUUCAAUAUAUCCACCCUAACAUUGUCACCCCAGGAAAAUGGGAUACCUCUCCAAUGUCCUGGGGAAACAUCCCCCACACUUCUCUUGGCAAGUUCCAUGGGUGGACACUCUGGUUACCCCCAAUCAAGACCUUUGCAGAAUUCCAUCAGUGCACAGUCUGGUCCUGUACUAGAGCCAACACCUGUGCAAGGAAUUCAAGCUGCAAGUUCCAUGAGCAGACACUCCAGUCACUCGCCACUGUCUCCUUCACAGAGUUCUGUUCAUGGAAAGUCCAAUCCCAUACCAGGGCUGACACCUGUGCAAGGAAUUCAAGCUACAAGUUCCAUGAGUGGACACUCCAGUCAUCUGCCACAAUUGCCCUUGCAGAGUUCUGUUCAUGGAAUUCAAACUGCAAGUUCCAUGAGCAGACACUCCAGUCAUCCACUGCCAUUGCCAUCACAGAGUUCCAUUCAUGGAAUUCAAGCUACAAGUUCCAUGAGUGGACACUCCAGUCAUCCACUGCCAUUGCCUUCACAGACUCUGUAUCAGGGCCAACACCUGUGCAAGGAAUUCAAACUGCAAAUUCUCCCUUGCCCUUGCAGAGUUCUGCUCAUGGACAAUCUGGUCCCAUACCAGGGCCAACAGCUGUGCCUGCAAGUUCUAGUUCCAUUCAUGGGCAUUUUGGUUCCACUCUAGGGUUGACAUCCAUGGAAGGCAUUCACCCUUCUUUGAGGCAGCCAGCAUUGGACAAACUUGAUCAAAAGGGGCCCUUUCUCAGUGUUGUUUCUCAUGCAUUUAAGACCCUUGAAGAAAACCUUAGAGCAGAAUUUGCUGCCAUUUGUGAAGAGUUAGUAGACUGGUAA